GGGGCGGGGCUCGGGCGGGAGCGCGGCGUUCAAAAGGGACAGGCCUAGCUUCACGCGGGCUCUUCCGGUCCGGCGGGAGGGAAGUGACGUCGUGGGCCCGCUCAGUCGGCGGGGAUGCGGCUUGCUACGUGGAACGUGAACGGGCUACGCGCGGGCCCUGGGCCGGGCCCGAUUCUGGCAGCGCUGGACGCUCACGUGGUCUGCCUGCAGGAGACGCGCCUGACCCGAGACCAACUGGAUGAUUCCCUGACGCAGGUGGAGGGCUACACCUCUUACUUCAGCUGCUGCCGCACCCGCUUGGGUUACUCUGGGGUAGCAACAUUCUGUCGGGCGGAGGCCACACCUGAGGCAGCAGAGGAAGGGCUGUCAGGGCUGCUGGCUGGGCCGGGCGCCAUGGGCAGCUACGUGGACAGUGGCAGCUUCAGCCCUGAGGAAUUGGCAGUGCUGGACAGCGAGGGACGUGCCUUGGUCACCCACCACCGCAUCCGGAUGCCAUGGGGGGCAGAGACUAUGCUGACGGUACUGAACGUCUACUGCCCCCACGCUGGCCCCCGGCAACCACUGCACCCUGUACCCCAGCACCGCUUCCUGCAGCUGCUGCGCAACCGUGCCCUCAGCCUGCUGCACCAUGGCGGCCACGUGGUGAUCAUGGGGGACCUGAACAUAGCGCAUCGGCCCAUUGACCACUGCCAGCCUGGAGACCCUGAAGCAUUUGCAGCCAACCCAGCACGGUGCUGGCUGGACGAGCUGCUGUCGGGAGAUGGGAGUGGGGGUCCCUUCGUGGACACCUUCCGGUUGCGGCACCCAGGGCAGCGCCAGGCCUUCAGCUGCUGGCGAGGGGGCACAGGGCUAGGGGUGCGGGCAGCCAAUCAGGGCACACGGCUGGACUACAUCCUGGCAGACCGCGUACUGGCACUGGGGGCACUGGCUGGUGCCUCCCUGCUGCCCUCAGUGCUGGGCUCUGACCACUGCCCAGUGUUGGCUCAGCUUGGUGGUGCAUUUGUGCCUGCCCCCCACCCCCCUGCCCUGGCUACCCGCCGCACCCAGCUGAGUCUCCACCCCUUCUUGGCACCCCGGGGACCCCCUACCCCACUUCCCAGCCCCAGUGGAGCCAGGAAGAGGCUAGCACCAACCCGCCUGCCACAGAUGGGGGACCUGCGGCAGUACUUCAAGGUGAAGGGGCCAUCCCCGGAUGCACUGGGGGACUGUGGAGAAAAGCUGUCCCGAUAUGCACUGGGGCAGAAACAGCAGGAGCCACCACACGAUGCAACAGUGCAGAGCCUGAAGGAGAUGGAAGUUGCACAGACUGGGCUGGAGCAAAACAACCAGGAGCCAUCCCAGCAUGCCCUAGGAAAGCAUGGACAGGGAAUAGCCCAACAUGCCAAGGGGUCACGUGGACAAAUGACAACCCAGCAUUCACUGGGCCUAAGGGACCUGCGGAGAUACUUCAAGGUAGAGGGUGGGGCCACGGGCCCCUCCCAGCAUGCAGUGGGGCAACACAGGCAAGCACCCUCCCAAAAGACACUUGCCCUAUAAGGAUAGGGCCCACCCACAGUGCUAUGGGGUACAGCCUAUCCCCAGAGGCACUGGAAUAUAGUGCCUUGGUGAGGGGUAGUACCCAUGCUGCACCAGCCCAGACACAGGCUUGGGCCCCACCUACAGGCCCCACUCUGACUUCCCCGGACACUUGGGUUCUGUGGGACGGGAGGGUCAGCUAGUGGGAGUGGGGCAUUAGUUGUCUGGACUCCUGGGCCACAGCUGGUUGAUCGUGUAACAACCUGGCCCAUCCCCCCCCCAGUUUAUUUUGCUCUCUUUUAACCCCAAACUGGCCUCUAUUUUUUAUAAAGAUAUGAAAAGACCUGGUGUGGGACUUAAACCUCCACAAGGCUGUGACA